AUGCCAGAUUGCUUCGAUUUUUCGCGGUGCUCAUCAUCCAAAAAACUAUACAUUCAUCCAAUGGAAAAACGUUUCGAAGACUCUCCACAAUCACAGAUUUAUACUAAAAUUCUAAAACAUUAUCAAGAAAGUGAUCAUUACACCAAUGAUCCUAAUGAAGCAUGUAUCUUUCUGCUCGGAAUCGACACCACUGAUCGAGAUAUCCGAAGCCAGAACUAUGUGAAAAACGUCCCAGAUUACAUUGAUUCUCUAGAUCCAGCUGUGUGGAAUAAUGGAAGAAAUCAUCUGAUAUUCAAUUUCUAUCACGGAACUUUUCCCGAUUACGAUGAUCAUAAUUUGAAUUUCGACACUGGAGAAGCAAUGAUUGCACGAGCGUCUUCUAGUGAUAAAAAUUUUCUCAAAGGAUUCGACAUUUCCUUGCCUUUGUUCCAUGAAAACCAUCCAUUCCAGAUUGAGUCACAACUUGAUGAAGGACAUGCGAAAAAUAAGGGGAGCCGAAAGUAUCUUGUGAGCUUCAAAGGAAAACGAUACGUCUAUGGUAUUGGCUCAGGAACGAGGAAUCUGGUUCAUCAUUUACAUAAUGGUGAGGACAUCGUCAUGGUGACCACGUGUAAACACAACAGCGACUGGCAGGCCUACCAAGACGACAGGUGUCAAGGAGAUAACAACGAGUAUGACCGUUGGGAGUACGAUGAUCUACUUGCUAACUCAACGUUUUGUCUAGUGCCACGUGGAAGACGACUCGGAUCUUUUAGGUUCCUCGAGACUCUUCGUUCCGGAUGCAUCCCAGUCGUUAUUUCGGAUUCAUGGGUUCUUCCAUUCUCGGAAACGACUGACUGGAACUCGGCAGUCAUAGUUGUUGCCGAGCGUGACGCGCUUUCGAUUCCAGAAUUGCUGAUGUCAACGAGCCGACGGAGAGUGAAAGAGCUACGGGAAUCGGCUCGGGAGGUCUACGAUAGACACUUGAGGUCUAUCCAAGUAAUUAGCGAUCAUGUUCUGAAGGUUCGUGCAGAUCUUUCGGAGAAGUUCUGA